CUGGAGUUGAGUUAGUUCAGCCUGGAAGUUGCUUUCAAUCGCAUCCAGAUACCACUUGCGAACGUUCGGUCCCAGCUACGCCCACUACGCGUUUGUUUCGUUAUUUUACGCGCCAAAAUACGCUUCAAAUAUUGUGAGUUUUUGUGAAUUUUGUGGCAGUGAAAUGUUUGCAAACAUGAUUCGCUACCUUUUUGCAACAUUUUUAUUUGGUGGUCCAUCGAUGUGCCUACGAUUGACCAACAUGACCGCACCUUCGAUCCAGGACCCGCGCGAGCAGAUGCAGCUUUACUGCAAAUUCGACAUGGGCGGGGAGGAUCUCUACGCAGUCAAAUGGUACAAGGACGAUCACGAGUUUUUCAGAUACGCGCCGUCAGGUCCUAACAACUACGUGCAAUACCCCGUGUCCGGCGUUACCGUAGACACGACCAGAUCGCAUUGCACACGCGACACUUGCGAAUUGAUGCUGAUCGAUCUCCAGAGGCCCUACAGUUCCGGGGCUUACAGGUGCGAGGUGUCCAGCGAAGCCCCCGCCUUCAGACUUGCCUCGCAGACCUUCAACAUCACCGUAGCAGCAAUUCCAAAACAUCCGCCACUAAUAGACGGUCUAGCCGAUACUUAUACCACUGGAUCUAUGCUUCUUGCCACUUGCACCUCAGGUUUAGGCGACCCCAAACCUAGGAUUACCUGGUUCGUCAAUAAUAAAAUGGCGCCGAUAAACCAAGUAAAAGAUCUGCCUUCGAAGCCGGCACAACCUGAUACAACUGGUAAUAGCAACAUCAUGCUGAAACAGAGCAUUUCGCAGCUGAGAAUCCCGCUGGAUAAAAAGUACACCGGCACUCAACCGUCGACUUCCUUGGAGGUAAGAUGCGUGUCUUCGGUGGACGGUAUAAAUUCAAACAUAGCCCCGCAUUUAUCCGCAACCAGAAACAUCAUGAUCAUGGAUGAAAAUCAGUUGGUUAACAACCAAAAGUUUCAUUGGCCAUCAUGUUCAAUUAAAGUGAGCCUUACUGGUUGCCUGCCAGUGCUGGCAAUAUUUGUCUAUCUGUUUGCGUGUUAAAAUUUAAAAACAUGGUGUGAUAUCAGACUGGUUUAACUUUUAGGUAUUAAUUAAUUACAGUAUAAUAUUGAUAAGAUAACAUAAAAAUCAUAUCAUCUAACUCUCCUACCCUUAGACCAAACGUAUAUAUGUGAUAGAUUGGUUUCAAAAUGAUAAAACUGAAAAUUAACUCAAAUCAAAUUCGAAUUUUUUCACGUACAGGGUAUUUCGUAACCGCUGUCCAUUUUAACAGAUGAUAAAUAAUUUUCUACCACCCUGUAUAUUGUCAAUUAUUAACAAAAAUUGUAAUUGCAUUAAUUUUCAGUUUUUCUUUAAGUAAUUUUUAUUGUUC